UAUAUAGUCUCCUCUUUAACCAAACUAGCAAAUUAAAGUAUAAAAAUUUAUACCUCUCUAGCUUCCUCUUCAUUCCAAUAAUGGCAUCCCCAAUAAAAACAAUUGUAAUUUUGGUUCAAGAAAACCGAUCAUUUGAUCAUAUGUUAGGAUAUAUGAAAUCCAUCAACCCCGAAAUCGACGGUGUCACAGGAAAAGAAUCCAACCUUUUGUCCACCACAAACCACGAGUCAAAACGCUUGUUUCACACGAACAAGGCCGGUUUCAUCCAACCCGACCCUGGUCACUCUUUUGAAGCCACUUAUGAGCAAGUCUUUGGUGUAGAAUGGACCGAAUCGAGUAAUGGUGUAAACAAAACCCCUACAAUGGAUGGUUUUGCUCAACAAGCCGAAAAGGUCCAACAAGGCUUGUCUGAGGUGGUCAUGAGUGGGUUUGAGCCCGAUUCUUUGCCCGUUUACAAAGACUUGAUAUCCGAAUUUGCAGUUUGUGAUCGAUGGUUUUCGUCUAUUCCCACUUUAACUCAACCCAACAGAUUAUAUGUACAUUCGGCAACUUCAUAUGGCGCGACAACAAACGACAACAAGAUGAUGAUAGAAGGGUACCCACAAAGGACCAUCUUUGAGUCACUUGAAGAUGAUGGUUAUUCUUUUGGAAUUUACUAUCAAUUACCUCCUUCUACUCUUUUCUUUAGAAACUUGCGAAAAUUGAAAUACAUAGACAAUUUCCAUCAAUUUGAUCUACACUUCAAGCAUCAUUGCGAGAAAGGGAAACUACCAAACUAUGUCGUUAUUGAACAAAGGUAUUUCGGUAUCAAAGCUAUACCAGGAAACGACGAUCACCCAUCACAUGAUGUAUCCGAUGGUCAAAAGUUUGUAAAAGAAGUGUAUGAAGCAUUAAGAUCAAGUCCACAAUGGAACGAAAUAUUAUUUGUAGUCUUGUACGAUGAGCAUGGUGGUUUUUAUGAUCAUGUUCCAACGCCUCAUGUCGGCAUUCCAAAUCCUGAUGGUCUAGUUGGUCCUCCGCCUUAUAAUUUUCAGUUUGAUCGACUUGGUGUUCGUGUUCCAGCCAUCCUUGUUUCUCCAUGGAUCGAACGUGGGACAGUGUUACAUGAGCCAACAGGGCCACACCCUACAUCACAAUUUGAACAUUCAUCUAUUCCAGCUACUGUGAAGAAGAUUUUCGGUCUAAAAUCAUAUUUAACAAAACGAGACGAGUGGGCUGGCACUUUUGAAGGGGUAGCAAACAGAACUACCCCAAGAAACGAUUGCCCAGUUACAUUGCCAGACCCCCAAAAAAUGCGAGAGGAUGAGCCAGAUGAGAACGAAAAACUAAGUGAGUUUCAACAAGAGUUAGUCCAAUUAGGUGCUGUCUUGAAAGGAGACCAUAAGAAAGACACAUUCAAUCCUCAGAAAUUAGUUGAGAACAUGACUGUAACUGAAGGUGCAACUUAUGUGGAAGAUGCGUUCAAGAAGUUUUGUGAUGAUUGUGAACAAGCUAAGAGAGAUGGCAAAGACGGGUCUCAUAUCGUUUGUCUAGAGGAACCGGUAGUUCCUUCUCCAAAGAAAUUGCAAAGAUCAUUUACACAAAAGUUGUUUUCUUGCUUGACUUGUGAACAUUAAUUUUUUAUUAUUAUUUUUUGUUAAUAUUGAGUUUGGUGUUUCAUUUUGAUUGUUUGUAUUUAAGUUUCAUGUAUCUCAAAUGAUAAUUUAUUCUAUUGUUACUAAAUAAAAGCACAUAAUUUCAGUU